UCUUGCAGCAGCUGAGGAUGUGAUCCAUCAUUUUGUCUGCUUCGUUGCAGAGUUUACACUUGGAAUCUGUAGUGGACUUUUCAAUUCUGGCUUUGGUGGCAUUUGUUCUAAUUGAUUGUUCUUGGGUAGAAAUGACAUGAAAGGAGAAAAGGGGGUCACCCCCCAAAAAAGUAUGAGCUUUCUAGGGUGAUUAGCAUUGAAUUAGCAUUGAAUUGCUUUGCAGCUUCAAAGCCUGGCUGCUUGUUGCCUGGGGGAAUCCUUUGUUGGAAGGUGUUAGCUGGCCCUGAUUGUUAUACUGCAUGUUUGCAAUAUAACAUUUUCAGGAUAUUAUACUGCAAAUCCCAUUGAAAUCCAAAUUAGAUUUUGUUUGUAUUCAAGGGGAGAAGAAAGGCUUGAUUUAUAUUCAGUUGGUGGAUCCAUCCCUUCCUUCUCACAAAAGGCUUAGCACAAGACAGCUGAAAAGCAGCUUCAAAAACCAUCAAAGAGAUUUAUGUGGAACAUUCUGGGGAUGAACAGGGAGUGCCCCCCACACACACACACACAGAAUUUACCAUGAAUUGCCACAGGUCUCCUGUUUUAAAUAUAUGUUUCGUUACUCAGUAUUGUUCAAGAGCAAAAAAGAAAGAAAGAAUAACACCACAGUGCUUGAGAGUGAGUUUUAUUGGCUGAGACUUGGUUCAGCCCUCUCUGACAGAGAAGGUUUUGUAACUUGAUAGUUUUAUAGUACAUUUCCUGUCCAGUACUUCUCGUGGCAAUGCAUUCUGAAACUAGGGAAAUAAUUGAAGACAAGAUAUUCUUUCAAAAGUUGAAGAAUUAGCUGUCAGGAAGUCUGGAGUUUACAGCAAGCCUGGCAAUUUGAGGAAGAGAAGCAGGAUGGAAGGAAACGGAGAGACACCAGGAAGCACAGGGAAAAGUGGGAACACUGUGUCAGUGUCUGUCAGUAAUUCUUGGCUGCCUCAGGAUUCCCUUCAGAUUUUUCAUCUUGUACUUCUUUUAACCCUUACUUAUGCCAUCCUAAAAGCUAUCCAGCUGUAUUGGCACAGGCAGCACCUGAUCAACGCUCUCCAAGGUUUUUCACUACCUCCCACACACUGGCUGUACGGUCAUAUCCACAAGAUGACACCAGAGGAAGAGUUCUUGACUGCGGCAGCCUGGACAGAAAAAUACCCACAAUGUCAUCAGCUAUGGUAUGGACAAUUUUUAGCUGCCAUUGUCAUCAACCAUCCUGAAUAUGCAAAGGUAGUCCUUAGCAGAAGUGAUCCUAAAUCUUUUCUAAUAUAUGGCUUCCUAAUUCCAUGGAUUGGAAAGGGCUUGUUGAUUCUGGAAGGACCUAAAUGGCAACAACACCGGAAACUGUUGACCCCAGGCUUCCAUUAUGACAUUCUUAAGCCUUACACCUCUGUCAUGGUUGAAUCAGUCAAGCAGAUGCUGGAUAUUCUGGGGAAGCUGGUAUCUAAAGACAAUACAGCAUCAGUGGAGAUAUUUGAACAUGUCAGUCUGAUGACUCUGGAUACCAUCAUGAAAUGUGCCUUCAGUAGUAAGAGUAAUUGUCAGACAGAAAGGGAUAAUGCCUACAUUAAGGCUGUCUAUGACCUCACCUGCCUGUUUAGUCAGAGGUUGAAGUCUCCGUGGCUCCACAAUGACCUCAUGUACUGGUUUAGCUCCCAGGGGCGCCGAUUUCGCAAGGCUUGCAGACUAGCCCACCAUCACACAGACAGUGUAAUAAAGGAGAGGAAAGAGUCACUUAGAAAUGAAAUAGAACUUGAGAAGAUCUUGAAAAAGAGGCAUUUGGAUUUCCUAGAUAUUCUUAUUUGUGCAAAGGAUGAAAAUGGGAACUCAUUGUCAGAUGAAGACUUGCGUGCCGAGGUGGACACAUUCAUGUUUGAAGGCCAUGACACCACAGCUAGUGGCAUCUCUUGGCUUUUCUAUUGUAUGGCCCAGAAUCCUGAACAUCAGCAGAGAUGCAGAGAAGAGAUAACAGAACUUCUUGGCAAAGAGGGGCAUGUGCAAUGGGAUGACCUAGGAAAGAUGACAUACACCACCAUGUGCAUUAAAGAGAGCCUUCGACUUUACCCACCAGUCCCUCAAGUAGCACGAGAACUGAAUUCACCAGUGACAUUUCCAGAUGGAAGAACACUACCAGAAGGACUUUUAACCAUCAUGAGUAUUUAUAGCCUUCACCAAAAUCCUGAGGUCUGGGAGAAUCCUGAGGUAUUUGAUCCACUAAGAUUUUCCUCAGAAAAUUCAAGUCGUCGCCACCCCUAUGCUUUUCUUCCUUUUGCUGCUGGGCCAAGGAACUGCAUUGGACAACAGUUUGCCAUGAAUGAGUUGAAAGUUGCUCUCGCCUUGACACUUCUGCGGUUUGAACUUUUGCCUGAUCAUUCCAAAACCCACAUUCCUGUGGCACAGAUUGUCACCCGAUCCAGGAAUGGGAUACAUCUGAAGAUGAAACCUAUUCACUGAACUUUGUCAUUCUGAAACCCUGGCAGUGGCACUUUAAAACUAUUGAAAUUAUAUAGGUAGAGCAUUAAAUUUAUAUGCUACCCCAUGUACUAUUUGACCUAUGCUGAUCCUUUGAAUGAAAGGCUUCCAUAAGCCCAGGGCAUCAUCAACAAACCUGAUCAGGUCUUGCAAAAUCAGGGCAAUGGCUUUCUAAGUUCUCCUUCUUCCUGCUACUGUCCACUUUACUGCAUUGUAUUGUAUUCUCCUCUGAAUCAUUCCAGUGAAUCUCAUGAUAUGGCCAAAACACAGAAACCCCAGUUUAGUCAUUUUGGCAUAUAAUGAGAGUCCUAAUUUGAUCUUCUGUAGGGCCAACUUAUUUUUCUUUUUUUCAGUUCACGAUAUUCACAUUACUAUCUCCCUGUUGGACAUUUAAAAUAAGUUUAUCCUCUAUCAGCUUUCUUCACUGUUCAGAAAUCAAAAAUGGUAUGGCAUAUAUGAUUUUGAUUUUGUUGUUUAUUAAUAAAGCCUUACAUUUGA